AUGAGCAGGUCACCUUCAUUUACAGCCAGGACAGAAUCCAAUGCAUACGUGGAUCCAGAAUCCGUACAAAAAUGGAUUGUUGCAUUUUGCAUAAUUAGAUUCGAUCUUGAACAAGGUCAACUCAUUGAAGAAUGUUAUCCACCUGGUUGUCUUACCCCUGAAGAAGAACUCGACAUUGCUUUCAGUUCAUUCCCUGAUUCAGUAUCCCAACACCAUAACCGAUCAAGCAUCCAUGAUUCCAUGUUCUUCUUCAGAACACAAAGGCGAGGGAAUCUUCCAGGUGAAAAGACACAUAAAAAACCGAAUGAAUCUCGAUCCAAAUACUUAUACGGUUUUGUAUUCAAUAGACAAAGACACGAUGAGAGACUGAAACGAGGUGGGGAACAGAAAUCAGUAGUGAUUCUUUCACGCAGUCCAUAUUCCAGUUUAUUUAAACCUUUAUUACAAAUCAUGGGUCCUUUGUAUUUUGAUGUUGGAAGGAAAGCCAUUGAUUAUAUUGCUGGUUCUAUGUCAACAUGGUCUUCACCUUUACCCGGUCAACUCAUGGAGCUUCCUAUAGGAAACGCAACACUUAAAGUCAACCUGCCACCUGUCCAUAGCUUGUCAUUUGAUGGUGAGGUGGCAUUUGAAGAGUCUGCUUCCUCCAUGGCCCCACUUCUUCCUACAAAUCAAUCAAUCCCACAUGGCCUCUUUCAUGAUUCAGAUGUUUUCGGGAUUUUUCGAGGGCUUUUACUACAACUUUGGUUGUUAUGGGAAUUGUUAUUAAUUGGUGAGCCUAUAUUGAUUAUAGCACCAACACCCCCACAGUGUUGUGAAGCUGUUGCUAGUUUAAUAAGUCUAGCUGCCCCACUUUUCAUCAGUGUUGACUUUCGCCCGUAUUUCACUAUCCACGACCCGUAUUUUGCCCGUUUGAAUUCCCUCCAAGAAGGCGAAACUUUCCCUCCAAUUCUUUUAGGGGUGACGAAUCUUUUCUUCUUGAAAUCUCUUCGUAAUGUACCCCACAUAGUCUCUGUUGGAAGCCCGGCUCCGAAUUCGGGCAGGGUCGGGUUUUCUUCACGGGCAUCCACGGGCAGGCUUUCGGGCAGGCCGGAAGGGUUUAACUUUCCAAAUCUGAAGAAGUUUUCUCCUUCAAAUUUGUUAAGUGCUGUGAAGUUAAGAAGAGAUGGGCCACUUUGUCUUAUGACAGAACACAAGGAAGCUAUCUGGAGUAGUUAUAUGCCAAUUACUAAACCGGACACAUCUAUUUUGAAUAGGCUUGUUGAUGCUGGAUUGUCUCCAAGGGUAGAAGAGUCAAUGUCAGUUGUUAAUAAUGAGAUACUUCGUCGCCAUUUCUUGGAGCUUACUACAAAUUUUUUAGCUCCAUUUGGACCAUAUUUUAGAGUUAAUACGCCUUCUGUGGGGUCAUCUCCUUUUCUUGAUCCACCUCCUUUAACUGCUUUUGAUGGUGAUGAAUUUCUUGCAAGCUUAUCCACUAGAGGUCCUGGGAAGUUUUUAUCCAAGAGGAUGAGGUCUAAUUGGCUAGAUCUCUACAGGCGAUUCAUGAAAGGGCAUAACUUUAAACCAUGGUUUCAAAGAAAGCGAGCUGUAGCUGAACAAGAACAGCAUAGAUUAUGGAGGCAAGCAAGAAUGCAUGCUGACAUCCGAGAAUUCAUUUCCAGAUCAUCUGAAUUGGAAAUUGUUGAGAAAUUCCAUGCAAUCGAAAGGCAUCUUCUUUUUGAAAUGCAGCAAUCUGAAAAGUUGGUUGAUAAUUCAGAGGCAACAUGGCAUAAACUUAAAGGAGAUUUGCAGCUGUAUGUCCCACAACCACAACAUAUGAGAUUGAGAUUUACAACUUCAAGACAUGGUCUUUAUUCUAGAUAACUGAAGGCAUAAUCAACACAGUCAAAUGGUGAAUCAUCUUUUUUUGGGUAUUAUAAGAUAAGGUAACAUGUAUUAUUAUGUAAUAGUUAUUGCGAUAUGCAUAUCUACCGGGUUUGUGUUCUAGAAUCAGAUACUCAUAUAUUCUUUAAACCAUGUUCAUUACUUUUUUUUUAGAAUUUAGGAUAUUGGUUUUGUCAUUUGUUAAUACAGAUGAAAUGUUAUUGUUAUAAUCUCAGGAAUUUUUAUUAUUUGAGUUUCAAUUUCCCCUCCAAAUAUUCUCAUUCUUGGAUUUUGUUUUUAAUUCCCUUGAAAAUGUUACUUUCUGUUCUGAGUGAGUACAACAAAAAGUUUAAAUUAUGUGAGAAUAAUUCUUUUUUUAAUUUUGUAUUUGGCUAAGGGCACGAAAUAGCAAUUCACUUUCAUUUGUUUGUUUAUCAAGGCAUUGCACUUUGAAAAUUCUACCAAAUGAUAGUAUUGUAUUAUAUAUAUAAAAAAAAAUUCUUAUUAGGAUAUUGUCAUUUGAAAAAUAUAUGUAAUACUUUGUAUUUGGCUAUAACUAAUGCAAGGAAACUUAAAGCUAACCUAAUUACCCACAUAAAGAAUUUCAAAAAAUGUUACAUGGUUAUUGCAUAUUAUAGAGAACAAAUUUCUCAAUUGCAAGGGCCCGACACUUGAUUUUUUUGUUCCUUUACAUGGUUAUUUUAUUAUUUCCUUUUAAAUUUUAAUAGUUGGAUUUAUACUCAACAAAUAGAUAUUGUUACCCCUUUACCUAACCCAAUAAGUACCUAUCUCAAUUCCGAAAAAGAUAUAAUGUUUAGUUUAAUACAUAAUUGAGUAAAAAUAGUAAAUUACUUAUCAAAAUAUCUUAACGCAAACAACACUAAAUAAUUAAUUAAAUACUCAAUAUAAAAGUCUUUAAGGGGAUGUGUGAGUAGUCAUUAGGAACUAAUUAUCUUAGCCAACCCCUUAUCUUAUUAUAGUAUCUUGUCUUUAAAAGAAGUUUCGACUUUCAAUGCAUUGAGAAAAAGAAAUUCAUUAC